AUGGCGGAGGAGAGCCAGGCACCGCGCUACGUGAAGCUCACCCGGGACCAGGAGGCGCCCGCCGAGGACAUCUGCCCCGGCGAGCUCAACCAGCCCGUCCACGUCCCACGGCCCGGGUGCAGAUGGUGCGCCGAGUGCGGCCAGGUCCUGCCGGAGUCCUACCAGCUGCCGGCCGACGAGCCCUGGAGCACCGGAAUCUUCGGAUGCACCGCCGACCCCGCGAUCUGCCGAACUGGAUGCUUCUGUCCAUGCGUGUUGUUCGGGCGCAAUGUUGCGGCUCUUAACGAGGAUACCCCAUGGACAGCACCGUGUGUUUGCCAUGCCGUCUUUGUGGAAGGAGGGAUCGCCCUUGCGAUCCUGACAGCAAUAUUCCAUGGGGUUGAUCCAAGAUCGUCGUUUCUUAUUGGAGAAGGUCUACUGUUCAGCUGGUGGCUGUGUGGUACCUAUACCGGCAUUUUCCGUCAGGAGCUCCAGAAAAAGUACCAUCUCAAGAACUCGCCAUGCGACCCUUGUAUGGUCCAUUGCUGCCUGCACUGGUGCGCAAACUGCCAGGAGCAUCGCGAGAGGAGGGGCCGCCUCGUGGAGAGGGAGGAUGGAGUGCAGAUGACCAUCGUCGACGCGCCUCCGGUGGAAGAGAUGGGCAUGCCAAGAGAAUCGUCGUGCUGCCUCUGAUCUAGGGGUGCCCGGCCGGAAUACAUAUCAAGCGCCCAACAACCAACCAAGAGAGAUAAAUCAGGAAAAUAAGGGAAUUUUGAUUUAUUAAGAUAGCACGAGUGAGUGAGUGAGGCUGAGAUUGAACUCCAUGACGAACCUGGUAGGUAGGCAUGCUGUUACAUUGGCUGAACUGAACUGCUGAUCAGUCGGUCAAA